CAACGACGGGUCGCUUGCCGUCAUAGUCGCGUAACUCAAAGUCUUCUGGCAAUUUUCGUGAAAGUGAGCGUGUGGGUUUUAAACACUAUACUGUGAACGUUUCGUUGUAGUAGUUGGUUUGAUUGCUAAAUGACCAUUGUAAUAGCCUGUCGCUAACGCUCACGAGCUUUGCUACCUAACAUCCUCAACCAUGACUAAUUUACCCCACCUCAACCCUUCUAAACAAGAGGUCUGCUGGACGGAGAAAGAAACUCUAAUUAAGGAGGAGAAAGAAGAAGAGGCUGUUACAGUUAAAAAAGAAGUUACAGAGAAAGAAGUUACAGUAAAAUACAUUUUCAGAGGGAAAAAGGAAGAGGUUACUGUGAAGGAAGAGAAUGUUGCUGUAAAAGAAGAGGAUUUCCCUAUAAAAGAUGUUACUGUAAAAGAAGAGGAGGCGAAAUAUACAAACAUUGAAGCGGUUUUUGGACAGAAGGAAGAGGGUGAGAUUGUCUGCGUGGAGAAGGAGGAAAAGGUCAAUGGACUGGAGGGGGAGAUUACAGUGAAACUGGAGGAGGAAGGAGAUAAAGCGGCAGAAGUUUAUUUGAAAAAAACAGAGACACCAGAUACUUGCUCUGACAGCGGGAAGAUUACUACAGGAGAAACUGACCCAGCGAUGUCAAAACCAGCAAUACUACGCCCCUGCUCCCAGUGUGGGAUGAAUUUUAGGUGGUUAUACAAACUGAAAAGGCAUGAGAAGAGCGUCCACUCAGACAAAAAGCCUUAUAAGUGCUCCAUGUGUGGAAUGGGUUUUAGAUGGUUAUAUGAACUGAAAAGGCAUGAAAAGAGCGUACACACAGAAGAAAAGUUUUACAAGUGCUCCAAAUGUGGAAUAGGUUUUAGGCAGUCACGGAGUCUAAAAGUGCAUUACAAAACACACACUAGAGAGAUGCCUUACCACUGCUUUCGGUGUGAUAAAAGUUUUAACAAGUUAGAGCUGCUCAGGGUACAUAAAAUAACACACACAGCAGAGAAGCCACAUGAAUGCUGCCUGUGUGGAAAGAGAUUUGCCUGGUUAGCAAGCCUAAAUGUACAUAAGAAAGAACACACAGGAGAGCAUUCUUAUUACUGCUCCCAUUGUGGUAAGGGCUUUGGACAUAUAGGGAAUCUAAAAGUCCAUGAAAGAACACAUACUGGAGAGAAGCCAUAUCAAUGCUCUCAGUGUGGCAAGAAAUGUAUCUCGUCAGCAUACCUCAAGUCUCAUGAGAGAACACACUUAGCGAGGCCUUUCCAAUGCAGUCAGUGUCAAAGUAGUUUUUUCUCAUCAUCACACCUGAAAUCACAUGAGAAAACUCACAUGGCAGAAAAGCCUUACCGGUGCAUCCAGUGUGGAAAGGGUUUUAGACACCCACGGAAUGUAAAGGAGCAUGAACGAUUACACACUGGAGAGAAGCCAUAUCAAUGCUCCCAGUGUGGAAAGCCCUUCAGCCACGUUGCAAGCCUUAAAAUACAUGAGAGAAAACAUUCUGAAGAGAAGAGAUAUCAAUGCCCUCAGUGUCAAAAGAUGUUUUUCACAUUAGGAAACCUGAAACAACAUGAGAGAUCACACAUAGCAGAUAGGCCUUUUCGCUGCUCCCAUUGUGGAAAGGAUUUUAAACACUCCAAAUAUCUAAAGAAGCACCAACUAAAACACCAGACAGAAAAGCUAUAUAAAUGCUUAGAGUGUGGAAAUGGAUAUAGUUUGUCAAGGGAUCUGAAAAUACACGAAAGAACACAUACCGGACAAAAGGUAUAUAAAUGCUCCCAUUGUGGAAACGAAUAUUUCUCAUCAAAGGGCCUGAAAGCCCAUGAGAGAACACACUCAGUAGAGAAGUCAUACUACUGCUCCCAGUGUGGAAAAAGUUUUCUGUGCUUAAGUUUACUAAAAAUACAUGAAAGGAUACACACAGGAGAGAAGCCUUACCACUGUUCCCAGUGUGGAAGGAGAUUUACUCGGUUAGAUAACCUGAAACAACAUAUGACACGCACCCAUGAAAAAAAACACAUGCAUGUUGCAUGAGAGGACAAAUAGAGAGAGGCCUUUGUGUUUAUUUUUUUCUUAAAAAUUAUUUUCCAACAUUGAGUUAGAAUUGGCCACACCCUCAAGGGAUUUUGCAUUUAAUUAAAAUUAUAUGCCAUUUAGUAAUUUGCUGAAUAAAUUGACUAUAAAUAGACUUUGUAAUGUAACUCAGAUGUUCAACAGGAUUUUUCUUUGCCAUGUGAUGGUUGAUUGUUAACUUAAAGUGUUUCUUUCAAGUCAUUUGGGUAAUUAUGAAUUAUUCUAGGUAACCCACAAUAUAAUCUUAUAAAAUUUCCAGACCACUGUUAUUAUUUUAUUUAUUCUGGGGAAAUUAAAAAUGUCAGCCCUUUAUGGUGUGGGUAACUAAACAUUUUUACUAUGGAUAUGUUUAUGGAGGUUGCACACAAAGAAGUAGCGUCCUGUUUCUAUUCAUAUAACUGAAGGUUUAGUGAACUUAAAAGGUGAGGUCUUUAUGAAUUGAACAAUCUCAUCAUAAACUCUAGGAAUAACAGAUGAUUAGCCACUGGCAAAUGAAGUCUUGUGAUUCAAUAUAAAUUCCAAAAUGAGCUGGGUUGGAACAACGUUUAACCAUGGUCUUGUGGUUAGUGUCCCGUGUGCUGCCAGUCUGCUGCGGUGAGGACAACUCUGGCUUUAUUCGGGAGUAGAUGCUGAUGGUGUCAGCUGUAGGUAGAUGUGAGCUCUGCAAACCGGGCUCCGUUUCUUGUGACGGGUCUCUUCUGCAUGACUGUCAUCCUCAAUGCCUGGCCUAGCUUGUAGAGUAAUUAGUGACAAUACGGGUUCACCGGCCUGGGCUCCAGCAUCCUCACCGGCCUGGGCUCCACCAUCCUCACCGGCCUGGGCUCCAGCAUCCUCACCGGCCUGGGCUCCAGCAUCCUCACCGGCCUGGGCUCCACCAUCCUCCACCGGCCUCCCUCUCACCCUAGAAAUAGACCAUUCAGAACUCUCCCCUCUUGCAGAAGGUUGAGGUCUAUCAGGACCAAAACCACUGGCCACAAGAAGUAAUUCCUACAGCAGUAGGCCUCGUGAACAUGCCCCAGAAGCCAAACUGACUAUAACCCCUCCCCACAUACACACACACAACCCCCAACUGGACAAAUCUAUAACCCCUCCCCACAUACACACACAACCCUCAACUAGACAAAUCUAUAACCCCUCCCCACACUGAACAAUUUUUGCACCUUACAUAAUUGUAUAUUUUUUUAGUAUUGUAUUAAUGCUCAGUCUACAGUUUUUAUGCUCAGUCCACUAUUCUUUUUUGUUUUUUAUUUCCUUUGUACCAGUUGCUCUACCAACGGACCACAACAAAUUCCUAGUUUGUUGUGAAACUUACUUGCCAAUAAAAAAAAAAUCUGAUUCUGA